AUGCGAGAAAUCGUGCACAUUCAGAUUGGCCAGUGUGGCAACCAAAUCGGAUCCAAGUUCUGGGAGGUGAUCGGAGAAGAACAUGGAAUUGACUGUGCUGGGAGCAACCUCAGGGCUUCUGCUCUGCAACUGGAGAGGAUCAGCGUGUACUACAACGAAGCCUACGGUAAGAAGUACGUGCCCCGAGCUGUCCUUGUGGACCUGGAACCCGGGACGAUGGACAGCAUCCGAUCCAGCAGAUUAGGAGCUCUCUUUCAGCCUGACAAUUUUGUUCAUGGUAACUCAGGAGCUGGUAACAACUGGGCCAAGGGUCACUACACAGAGGGAGCAGAGCUGAUCGAGAAUGUCAUGGAUGUGGUGAGGAGAGAGAGUGAGAGCUGUGACUGCCUGCAGGGUUUCCAGAUCGUGCACUCUCUGGGUGGGGGCACUGGCUCAGGCAUGGGCACCUUGCUCAUGAACAAGAUCAGAGAGGAAUACCCAGAUCGGAUCCUGAAUUCCUUUAGCGUCAUGCCAUCCCCCAAGGUGUCGGACACGGUGGUAGAGCCCUACAACGCUGUGCUGUCCAUUCACCAGCUGAUUGAGAACACAGAUGCCUGUUUCUGCAUUGACAAUGAGGCACUCUAUGACAUUUGCUUCCGCACCCUGAGGCUGACGACACCCACCUAUGGGGAUCUCAACCACCUAGUGUCCUUGACCAUGAGUGGCAUCACUACCUCCCUACGCUUUCCUGGUCAGCUCAAUGCAGACCUGCGCAAGCUGGCAGUGAAUAUGGUGCCCUUUCCUCGUCUUCAUUUCUUCAUGCCUGGCUUCGCUCCACUCACGGCCCAGGGUAGCCAGCAGUACCGAGCCCUCUCAGUGGCUGAGCUCACCCAACAGAUGUUUGAUGCCCGCAACAUCAUGGCUGCCUGUGACCCUCGCCGUGGGCGCUACCUGACUGUGGCCUGCAUCUUCCGGGGUAAGAUGUCCACUAAGGAAGUGGACCAACAGCUGCUAUCUGUGCAGACAAGGAACAGCACCUGCUUCGUGGAAUGGAUUCCCAACAAUGUCAAGGUGGCCGUGUGUGACAUCCCACCCCGGGGGCUGAACAUGGCAGCCACCUUCCUAGGUAACAAUACAGCCAUCCAAGAGCUCUUCACCAGGGUCUCCGAGCACUUCUCAGCCAUGUUCAGAAGGAGAGCCUUUGUGCACUGGUACACCAGCGAAGGGAUGGACGUAAGUGAAUUUGGGGAAGCUGAGGGUGACAUCCACGACCUGGUGUCUGAGUACCAACAAUUUCAAGAUGUCAAAGCAGAGCUGGAGGGAGGUGAAGAGGACAGGGAAGAGGAGGCAGAAACGGAGACAGAAGAUAAAGAACAUUAG